AGUGACGUUUGCAUGGGUACGCGUUUUGGAUGAGUUUGAAGCUUUGGUCCCCUUUCGUCCUCCAACUGCAAUCGGAAAGUUCGAAAACUUGCAGGAAUUGUUAAAAGGGUCGUCGGCAUUCACGCGAUCGAUAUUCUACUGCCGCCGACCUCCAACAUCUAGUAACCACCCUGAUCGAAGUAUGCCAAAAUGGCGCUGGUGGAGACUCCCGAUCAGCCCGAAGAAAGUACUCGCCAGGAGAUAAUUCGGUUGAACCCGGACCUGGAGCACGCCAUGGCGUCCAUGAUAGAAGCAAAGGACCCUCUAGACUUGGCAAACUUUGAUCCAAUAGAGUACAUCAAUAUCAUGUUUGCAACAGAGGAGUCAUUGGGAACGGUCGAACCAGUUCUGACGAAACUGAGGAAGAGGAUAGCACUAAUGGAUAAAGAGCUGCGGGAUUUGGUGCGAUCCCAGACGGAUGCGGGCGAUCGGGGCCAGAAAGAGCUGGAGGAGACAAAAGCGACCAUCCAGGCGUUAUGCAAUAGCAUCAAGCAGAUUAAGGAGCAGGCCUCCGCAUCUGAGCGUAUGGUGCAAGAAAUAACGAACGACAUCAAAGUGCUGGAUCACUCCAAGCGGAACCUGACUAUAUCAAUCACUGUGCUCCGAAGGCUUCAGAUGUUGGGCUCAGCGGCCGAACAACUGAGGAUCAUGGCGGGUCGCAAACAGUACAUGGAAGCGGCGCAACUCGUACAGGUCAUCAAUCAGCUGGUAGCGCAUUUCAAGAGUUACAAGAAUGUAGUGCAGAUUGCCACGUUGCUGGACAAUGUCAGCCAUUUGCAACAAGACUUGCGCAAGCAGAUCUUUCGUGACUUUGAGGGAGGGUUUGUCGGCGGUGCUCUGCGAAGUCAGACGGCUCUACUCAGCGACGCUUGCUUGGUGGUGAACAUCCUGGAAGGCGAUGCAAGAAAAGCAUUGAUCGACUGGUAUUGUGACAUCCACCUCAAAGACUACCGGAGCAUCUUUCGCAUGAAUCCAGAGGUUGCCGGGUUAGGGGACGUGUCGCGACGAUAUGCAUGGCUCAAGCGCCUACUGAAAACGUUCGAUGAAGAGCACGCCGUGAUCUUCCCACCAGAAUGGAAAGUAGCGGAAGUGCUCUGCGAGAGCUUCUGCCAGGACACGAGGCGAGACCUCGGGGAAGUCCUAGCGAAAGCAGAUCAGACAAUGGACGUUAAGCUGAUGCUCGCGGCGCUGCAAACGACCAUCGACUUUGAAGGAAAGCUGGACAAGCGGCUCGGGGUGCGAAACCUUGAAGAGGAGGGAUUGCCGAGUGAGGCCUCGGCGCCUGCAAAGACGUCCAAAUUCUACAAGAUCAUCUCGGCCGUGUUUGAUCCAUACCUGCGCCACUACAUCGAGAUGGAAGAUAAGGCUUUGGCUGGUAUCAUUGAGCAGUACCGCAUGAGGCCGGUGUUGCAAGAGGAGGAGAAUGUGCUUUCGUCUAGCACGGAUCUGUUCUACUUGUACCGCGAGACGCUGGUACGAUGCGCGAAGUUUUCGACAAACAAGCCGUUCUUGGAUCUUGUGAGGCUGUUUGCGAAGUGGUUGAAGCAGUAUGCGGACCUCCUUUCCGCCAAGCUGCCGAAAGACGAGAAGAGAGCGAUCACCGAGGACGACCUCAGGACGAUAUGUUUGAUCAUCAACACUGCGGACUAUUGCACCAGCACAACAACUCAGCUCGAGGAAAAACUUGCGGAGAAGAUCGACGAAGAGUUUCGCCCACUGGUGAACUUCAACCGUGAGAAAGAUGCUUUCCUGGAUGUGUGCACCGCAGGCAUCAAACUGCUAGUCCACGGCCUCGAAAAUCUGCUGGAACCCGCACUGAACGCAAUGGCCCGGCGUCCAUGGGGCACGCUCGAAGGCGUCGGCGACCAGUCGGAGUAUGUGACGAUGAUUGCGCAUGCGCUGGCAGGAAAUGUGGCCGUUAUUCGACGCGCGUUUGGCGCCAAUGCGAAAUACUAUCGGUCGUUUUGCGAUAAGUUUGCAGAGGCGUUCUUGACACGAUAUUACAGCAAUAUUACUCGCUGCAAACCUAUAUCUGAAGUCGGUGCUGAACAGAUGCUUCUCGACACCCAUGCCCUGAAGACGAUCUUCAUCCAGGUGGCGAAUAUUAACUCCGAUGGGGAGAAGGAGAAGACACCAGCCAUAUACCUCAAGAUCGUUACCAAAGCGGUCACGAAAGUGGAGCAGCUACUCAAGGUUGUGCUCCGCCCGUACCAGCCAGUGGACGGGAUUGUGGAAACCUACAUGCUUCUGUUCAACGACACAAGUGUCAGCAACUUCCAAAAAGUUUUGGAACUGAAGGGAUUGAAACGCGCGGAGCACCAAACGGUGGUGGACGCUUUCCAAAGACGAGCGGGGUCGGGUGAUCCGUCUGGUAGCAACAACGCCAACCCUCAAUUCGCGAACCCCGGCACGAGUUCCUCGUUCUCGAACACCAUGUCUUCGUUGAACACGUCUACGGCUGCUACGAGUGCCAAGAUCGAGACGGGAUUCAGGAAGUUUGUGGCCGGGAUGAAUAUGAAGCGGGCUUAGAUUUCUUUUCUUUCUAAGAAAUGAAUGAUGCACUUUUUUUUGGACAAGGUCGAUCGGUGUGUCGGGGUUUGCCCAUUGUCGGAUCAUGUCUUAUCAACGAAUCUGAUUCUAUAAUCGCUGCUUGCGGCGAAUAUCUACAAUGCGGCUCGAUGCCUUGAUCACGGGCGCACACGCAUGAGUAAGGAAAGCGCUCAGAUGGUGCGCACAAACAUUUGAGUAUCCGAUUUAGGAUCUCCGCUUGCCGCAAACCCUCUCUUUGUGAAGAAGGACACCGCGGCGGUAUCCUUCGUUGGUAUCCGGACGUGAAUCUCAGAUCCAGCGAGCUGCGUUUCGCUUGUGUUU